CUUCAACCCUAGUUAGCCUUCAUUUCGCACUCUGAACCCCUCGAAGAUCGUGACUUGCAUCUAGAGACUUGGAUGAUCACUGACACAAUAGAAUAGCCGUCCAUAAAGGUCUGAAUGUUGGGCUGUAUAUUUCAGAUUCAAGAAUCUGUGUACUCUUCUAAAUCAAAUCGAGAAGAGAAGGAUCAGCACGAUCACAUUAUCUUAUCACACAAGCUGGGAUACAACUUGAGUCCAAAUGCACGAGAUUCUCACAGUGCAACUGGGAACGCAAGCCAAUUAUGUCGGGACUCAUUUCUGGAACACGCAAGAGAAGUACUUUACGUACGCAAAUGAAGAAAUCUCUCUAGUCGACCAUGACAUACAUUUCCGUGCCGGUCGAGCUCCGAAUGGCUCCGAAACCUACAACCCGCGGGCCCUCAUCUAUGACCUCAAGGAGAACUUUGGCGCCCUCAAGAAGGCUGAAGGAGAGUAUGUCGAAGAAUUCGACACUUCGGGCGGCAUUUGGCCAAAUUCUUCAACUAUCCAUACUGGGCCUCCAAUAUCCACACAUCCGUACAUCGACAGCUUGUCGCAUCCACACGGACCAUUACCCAGUUUACUAUGUGGACAGCCACCACGCUACUUCACCGAUCUAUCGCAUACGUACUUCCAUCCCAGGUCUAUCAUGCCUUUGCCACGCGCCGUCAUACCCACUGUGUCGCAUCUGAACCCACUUAAGUCCUUUCGUGCAGGCGCAGAGUUUUACCACGACCUUGAUAUCGCGGACCCGGCAGGUGACGGCGAUCUCUUCGAAAGAGACGUGCGGUGGUGGGUUGAAGAAUGCGACAAUCUACAGGGCGUACAGAUUAUAACCGGUGCUGAUGACGCGUGGGGUGGGUUUGCUGGAGCAUGGGUUGAAAGGUGGAAGGACGAGAUGGGGGGAGGAAAGGGAGUCUGGGUGUGGGGUGUGGAGAAAUACAUCGAGCCCAAGGAGCAAAGUAGAGAGUCGAGACUACUAUCGCUCCUGAACGAGACGCUGGCUUUAUGUGCUUUGGCUAUGCAUGCGUCCCUAUACGUUCCACUGACAUCGCAGCCACUUCGAUCACCGUCCUACUUGACAUACGACCCUGGUUCAGCAUGGCAUGUGUCUGCAUUACAGGCUACCGCACUGGAGACUGCUGCGUUCUCAUCCCGCUUACGUCCUGCGUCAAACACACGUCGUGGAAUGUUUCAAGACAUGGAAGAAAUCACAAAUAGUGGCGGCAAUCGCAAUGUCGCAAAGCUGGAAAUGAGUAUCCAAGACGCAGAGAGUGAUCAAAUCAUAAUGACUGGUGAUAAGAGCGAUUAUCGUAUGGCAAAUGGACAUAUGAUCGCCGCCGAUGAAUAUGAGGAGCCUAAAAAGUUGGAUGUGGACAUGUUCUCGAAAGACAUGGGAAACAUAGGAAAUACGCACAGUUCGGCCAGCCAGAGUGAACAUGUCUUCGGGAGAGUAGAAGUUGUCCGUGGUAAUUGGGGUUUGGGUGAAGAGAGGACUGAGGGCGAAGAGAGAUGGAGUGGACCUGUCGUGGAAAGGUAUCACUCGCCCUUGACCUAUCCUCAACUUACGAGCUUUCCGACUAUAUUUGGGGUCCAGUCCGAUCACAGACUAGCCAUACAUACCGCACUAACGACAUCAUCGGCCGUUGCAACACAGAUCCGUCAAAUGGAACGCACGGUGCGGAGGUAUGUCAGUGUGGACGAACGAGAGGCCGUCUCAGAUGGAUUGAAGACUCUUUGCGAAGAAUACGAAGAAGGAUGGGACAGCGGAAGUGACGAAGGCGAAGAUGAGUAGUAUUGGGUUUGUGGGAUCAGUAAUUGAACGGGUCACUU